GCUCCCAAUUGAUCGUCCGGAGGGGUUGUGGGGGCUUUUAUUUAACCUGAACAAUUUUUCCCUCGUCAUCACUCCUGACUUCUUGCUUCUCUCUGAUCUAGUGUCCUCCUCGCCGUCUGUAUCUCAGGAUGUCUCAACAUAAGUCUGCCAUCCUCUCCGUCUACGAUAAGACCGGACUGCUCGACCUGGCCAAGGGCCUCGUCAAGCAGAAUGUCCGUCUGCUUGCCUCUGGUGGUACUGCGAAGUUGAUUCGGGAGGCGGGAUUCCCCGUUGAAGAUGUCUCCGCCAUCACCCACGCCCCGGAGAUGCUCGGUGGCCGUGUCAAGACCCUUCACCCCGCCGUCCACGGUGGUAUCCUUGCUCGUGACAUCGAGUCCGACAACAAGGAUCUGGCCGAGCAGAAGAUCGCAAAGGUUGACUACGUUGUCUGCAACCUGUACCCCUUCGUGGAAACCGUCAAGAAGGUCAACGUUACCAUCGAAGAGGCUGUUGAGGAGAUUGACAUCGGUGGAGUGACUCUCCUCCGCGCUGCGGCCAAGAACCACUCCCGCGUUACCAUCCUCUCGGACCCCCAGGACUACCCCGAGUUCCUCAAGGAAUUGGAAGCCGGUGAGAUCACCGACGCCAGCCGGAAAGCCUACGCCCUCAAGGCUUUCGAGCACACUGCCGACUAUGAUACCGCUAUCUCUGGCUUCUUCCGCAAGCAGUAUGCUGGCAACGGUGAGCAGCACAUCGCUCUCCGCUACGGCACCAACCCCCACCAGAAGCCGGCUUCUGCCUUCAUGGCCCAGGGUAAGCUGCCUUUCAAGGCCCUGAACGGUUCCCCUGGCUAUGUCAACCUGCUUGAUGCUCUCAACGCCUGGGCUCUUGUCAAGGAACUCAAGCAGGCUCUCGGCCUCCCGGCUGCGGCCAGCUUCAAGCACGUGUCCCCCGCCGGUGCUGCCGUGGGUGUGCCCCUGAGCGAGAAGGAGCGCAAGGUCUACAUGGUCGAUGACAUUGCGGGUAUCGAGUCGUCCGGUCUGGCUCAGGCCUAUGCUCGUGCCCGUGGUGCCGACCGUAUGUCCAGCUUCGGUGACAUCCUCGCCCUCAGUGACGUUGUCGACGUCCCCACCGCAAAGAUCGUCUCUCGUGAGGUCUCCGACGGUGUCAUCGCCGCCGGCUACACCCCCGAGGCCCUGCAGAUUCUUUCCAAGAAGAAGGGAGGCAAGUACCUUGUGCUGCAGAUGGACGAGAACUACACUCCUGCCGCUGAGGAGACCCGCACUCUGUACGGUGUCCAGCUCACUCAGCACCGCAACGAUGUUGUGAUCUCUCCUCAGAAGACCUUCAACACGGUCAUCACUCCCAAGGAGCUGAAGAGCCUGCCCGAGUCUGCUCUGCGGGAUCUUACCGUGGCGACCAUUGCCCUGAAGUACACUCAGUCCAACUCUGUGUGUUACGCUCUGAAUGGUCAGAUCGUUGGCCUGGGUGCCGGCCAGCAGAGCCGUAUCCACUGCACUCGUCUGGCUGGUGACAAGGCAGACAACUGGUGGAUGCGCUUCCACGACCGCGUGCUCAGCAUUAAGUGGAAGCAGGGUACCAAGCGCCCCGACAAGAGCAACGCUAUUGACCUGCUCUGCUCCGGCCAGACCCCUCGCAGUGAUGCCGAGAAGGCCGAAUACGAGCGUGUCUUCGAGGAAGUCCCUGCUCCGUUCACCCAGGAAGAGCGGGACGCCUGGCUCGAGAAGCUGACCGAUGUCGUCGUCUCCUCCGAUGCUUUCUUCCCCUUCAUCGACAACGUUUUCCGUGCCGCCCGCUCCGGUGUCAAGUACAUUGCCGCCCCCAGCGGCAGCCAGAACGACGGAGCUGUCUUCGAGACCUCCGAGAAGCUCGGCAUUACUUUUGUCGAGCAGGGCACUCGUCUGUUCCACCACUAAGCGCGGUAUUGUUUUCCUUUACUGUAGUCAGGGUUUAUCUUAGGGCCCUUCAUAUGAUGAUGCUUGCGUCUUUGUCACGACCUUAAUACCUCCAUCUUUAACGAAAGGAGACAGGCCUGUAGUAGCGAUAUCCCGAAUCAAAAGUGCCUUCCUUGAAGUAA